AUGCAGGAUCUGACGUCAGCAGCAGCGUAUUACCACCACAAAUCAUCGACGACGAUGAUGAUGAUGACGAAACAACCACCACCGGAGUUAUUACCGGAGCAAGAACAUCUAAAGUGUCCUCGUUGUGCCUCACCAAACACAAAAUUCUGUUACUACAACAACUACAACUUAUCACAACCUCGUCACUAUUGCAAAAACUGUCGUCGUUACUGGACUAAAGGCGGUUCUCUCCGUAACAUACCCGUCGGAGGUGGAUCUCGCAAGAACACUAAACGACCCGGAUCCGGCUCCGGAUCGUCGAGCAAUCUCAAGAAUAAUAAUAAUAAAACCAUCGCUGUUUCCGAUCAGAAAGCAGAGGAGGAGAAUUCGGGUCAGCGAGUGGAUCCGACCCGGAUGUUAUACGGGUUACCGGUCGGAGAUCCGAUUAGUGGUGGGAGUUUCAGUUCGUUGUUGGCUUCGAAUAUCAUGCAUGAAACCGGGUCGUCUCGUUGGUAUCCGGGUAUUCGGAAGUGUGAUUGA